GAAAAGUGGAUCCCACUCGUUUGCUUGUGCUACCUUCCUCUUGUUAUAAAAACCUCGAGCCAAUUCCAUCUUACUUAAUUUCCUGCGUUUUAACUAUUCUCCUCCAUCACUCUACCCUAUUAAUUACUUCAAGAUGGAAGACAAUGAAGACUGCGGGAUUAAGGACAUACAGUUUGGCUUCCGACGUUUUCGAGCACCUGCAAAACGAAUCUACGCGAAUCGGAAUGUCUUUCUCUUGGAUGUCCCGCCGAAUCCAAUUGCUAGCUGGCUAUUAUCUUGGAUGCCGCAGCUCGUCCGCUCCUGGCUACAGCGAUUGCUGCCAGAGUGGUUCUUGCCGACAACUGUCAUUCUCAAGGAGCGAAACCCUACUAAGGCUGAUAGCUACGAAAACGAAAUCGAUACAUACCUGCAUCUUCGAUCCCUCCAGGGCACCCACAUCCCGCGUUUGUUUGGUGAAGUAACCGUCAGCGACCCCCACGCGCAGAGAUACCAGAUCAGUAAGCGACCCACUCCUGCUAUCCUCCUGGAAAACGUCGAAGGAGUGUCGCUACACAAUCUUCCAACUGAAGAGCUAGGGAAUCCUCGCCUUCUUAGGGAACUCGAGGAUAUAUAUAACCUACUUACGGAAAAAGGGGUUGUUCAUGGGGAUCCAAGGCUCCACAACUUUAUACGUGCUCAUCAGAGGAUCGUUGCUAUCGACUUUGAGUUUUCCUACCCUCUUCCCAGUGAUAUAACGAAUGAGGAUGAAUUGGAGGGCUUAAAGAGCGAGAUUAGGAAACGGGAAAGGCAGGCACAGGGAGCAGAAUCCAAACGUUUGGUCUCGGGCGUCUAUUUUCUAGAGGGGGGUUCACUAAUACGGAAAAGGCUGGGGACGGAUUUGCGGUCUUCCAGCACGACGACCCAUAACGAGCAGAGGAGUGACGAGGGACCUGUCUACCCUAGGAGCUCAGCUACCUAAGAUGUGUUUUCGGCACGGGCGUGUUGGGCCGCGGCCGGGAACGACAUGCCCCCAUGGCGGGCGAGGUGGAGAGGUAGUGUGGUGAGAAAGAGGGGGAGGAAAUGGAGGUUAGCGGAAAGUGAGACGUGGGGGGUACACUCGGGAAGGAUGGAUGGGCACUGACGGGGGUAGGAGGGGUUUCUAUGUAGGAGCCGGGCGGCCGGGCUUAUCUGCCGUUUAGCUCUUCUCCCUUAGUCAAAUCACAUGUUAGGCAAGGCCGAGCUCCGGCAUGCCGACAAGAG